AUGCAUGCCAAAGCGAAGCUCACCGACCCGACUAAAGCCUUCCAUUUCACCGACCUAGGCUCGAACAAGCCGACGAGAGAUGAUGACCCUUAUGAGUACAUGUGUGGUUUCGGCAACCACUUCCAGUCCGAGCUGAUCCCUGGGACUCUGCCCAUCGCUCAAAACCAUCCGCAAUUGUGUCGGUUUGAGCUAUACACUGAAUGCCUUACAGCGUCGGCUUUCGCUGCUCCGAGAGCUACCAAUAGCAGCGCAUGCCUGUAUCGCUGUCGGCCCAGCUGUGCGAUAUCACGCGAAAUAAAACUUGAAUCUCAAGCCCUGGUGGAGAGCUGCUUUCUCGCUGCCAAUCCAAACCUCUCGUCAUCCGCAUCGCAAUUGGAAUGGUCACCAUUUCGCCUCCCCACCCCUGGCACCGCAGUUGACUUCGUCGACGGCCUACGCACUAUUGGCGGCAGCGGCGACCCGAAUCUUAGGGAUGGCUUUGCGCUGCAUAUAUUCACCAUCAACCGGCCCAUGGACCACCGUGCGUUCCUUAACGCGGACGGCGAGUGUAUGUUCAUUGCGCAGCACGGGAAUAUCGACAUCAAGACAGAGUUCGGACGAAUAUACUUGCAACCAGGCGAAAUUGCAGUGAUCCCUCGUGGCGUUAAGUACACGCUAGAUCCCGCGAACGGCUCGGCUGACGCCCGUGGCUAUAUUAUCGAGCUCUUUGGUACUCGAUGGGAACUCCCAAACCUAGGUCCCAUCGGGAGCCAGGGACUCGCCAACCCGCGAGACUUUCUUGUUCCGGUAGCUUACGUCGAUGAUAACCUCCGCGAGCCUUGGCAAAUUGUGAUUAAGCUCUCCGGCAAGCUGCACUCUGUCGAACAGGACCACAGCCCAUUCGAUGUUGCCGCCUGGCACGGGAACUGUGUACCGUACAAGUACGAUAUGACAAAAUUCGUUAGCAUCAGUUCUGUAUCCGUCGACCAUACCGACCCUUCCAUCUAUACCAUUCUGACGGCCAAGUCUCAAGACCCCAACACCCCUCUCAUCGACUUCCUUUGGUUUGGUCCGCAUUGGGACGUAGCCAUGAAUACGUUCCGGCCACCGUUUUUCCACCGCAACGCUGCUUCGGAAUUCUUGGCGAACAUCUACUCCAAGGGUACUACGGGUGGGCGAUCGGGCGGGUUCCAGGCUGGUGGUGGAAGCUACGAGGCAGGCUGGAUUCCCCACGGCGGAUUUAAUGAGACGUAUUUGACGGAAAUGAAAAAGAAGAAGAAUGAUCCCCGAGUCAUUUUCGAUUCGUAUUUGACUUUCAUGAUGGAAAGCAGUCGAUCAAUGCUGUUCACGCCCUGGGCAAUGGGUACCGCCAAGGUAGGGGCAACGGAUCCAACCGUGUGGAACGCGAUGCCUGACCGCUUCUCUACGAAUGAUACCGUUCAGAAGCUUCUCCGACACGUUCGAUCGCAGAAAGAGUCACGUAGGCUGAAGGACGAAGCAUUCUUUGACGACAACCGGCUCCUCGAGUUGGUACAGCAUCUCCCCACGACAUUGCCAGUUGACAGUGUAGUCAACGGGGCGGAGAGUAAUAAUGGAGCAGUAGCAGAGGCGGUCCCAGCCCCAAUCUCGAUUUAG